CUAAACAAAACUCCAAACUGUGGGUGUAAACAAAGGGGCGUGACGACUGACGACCCUCGUCCCGUUUUAGAAGACGGAAGAGACGGGCAUCCUAAAUAGCUAGUGUUCUUUGUUCCGUCCGAAAAUAAUGGAUAAAGCUUCAAAAGCCAUUCGCAGAUCUGGAGUCCGUCUAAAGUCUCUUUCUAGUGGUCAUGGAGACCUUCAGAUGAUUAUUUCUCAGCUUGGAGAAGUAAGAACAAGUUUUAAAGCAUUUGUCCAUGCACAGGCUCAGACCUCAGAAGAUAUAUUAAAGUGGGCAUGUACCCAUGAAAAUAGGGCAAUUGGAGAGACUUUUGGUUAUUUAGCAGAAUUAGCACUUAUUUGGACUGAAGUACAGCGAGGAGUUUUGCAGGCAAAUAAACUGAAGGAAUAUAAGUCAAUGUAUGAGCUCAUUCUUGAAGGGGAAAAGCAUGUCACUCAAGCUCGUGAGACACUUGUUGCCAGAGAGCAGCGCGAGACGAAGCUUCGGAAAGAAUACACUAAAGUCAUAAAAGGUAAGGCGCCAGUUGAGGAAGUGAGGUUACUAAAAGAGAGAUUAAACCAGGCUGAGAGAGCAAGAGAUCUGGCUCAUUUAGAAUUGGUGGAGCGUGUAGGAGAAAAUGAAGCUUUGAAAAUGAUAGAUAAAGAGGGUCUCUUACUUCUUGGAAAUGCUUACCAGGAAAUGUCUCAGAAGUCUUUGACAAUAUUUACUGCUCACCAUAACGUUACUUCUGAGUUACCAGAUGUUCGUGAUAAAGAUCUCCAUGACGUUAAAUACACAGGGUCAGAUAUUGCUAGGAAAUAUGUACAUGACACAAAGGAAAAAAUAAGAAGUUACUGUCCCCCUGUUGUUUCCACAAAGCUCCCUCUGCCAGAGGACCCUCCACCCCCAUAUACUCCAUCCCUGGAACACUUGAAUGAUUUGUCAAACUCAAGACAGAAUGGGCACAAUGGGAAUAUGAAUAAUAUACCUUCAAAUAUCAACAAUACUCCUCAAGAUCAUCCAUCAGCUCCUCAAGUUUCUUUACCAUCAGUUAAUGGUUACCCUCAUCUUCCUGAUCAUGCUGAAGGGGGAAUAUCUUCUCCUCGCCAUCAUGGGUUAGAUAAUCGACCUACUGCUCCAAGUAUUUCUUCUUCAACCAUUAAUUCUCCAUUGCCUAUUAGUCCACAAAGUCGUGUGUAUCCUGAACUUCCUCAGCCAAAGGAUGAUUAUCAUCCUUCUGUCCCUCAGCCUCACAAGGGACCAGAAUAUCAUCAUGAUCCACGCACAACUCAUUUCCAAAGUGUCCCUAAUUUAGGUGAUGGAUCAGUCACAGAUCACAGUGUAAGAUACCCUCCUCUUAAUGUAGGUGAAAACUCCAGCUUUAAUGACAGUAACUUUCAUCCUGACACUUCAUCCUCUAGUCCAAGCCUUCUAGCUAGCCAUCUAUCGAAGACUUCAGAUGCUCCUGAUUCUCCUCCUUUUAAUCCAUAUUAUGAUUGGCUACCAGCACACGUAGCAGACAAAUUUAGCAACACAACACAUAGGCCAGAAGACAAGAAUGUUUCUUUACCUCAAGCUGAAAGUAUUCCUUCACCCAAGCCCGAACCUACUGAAAAUGGAGAGGAUAGUAAAUCACUAGCCUCUAGUGAUAAACCUAUCCAUCCAAACAAUUUGAACCCAUUCUUUGAAGAUUCAACUGAUGAUGAAGUUGAUGCCAAGGAAAAUAAUUCUACAGGAGCUGUUAAGAAAUCUUCACGCAAGGUAGAGAUCUCUCUAUUUACAGGUUGUGAUUAGUUUUAAUCUCUUUUGGUAAUGUUGAAUUUUUUUAUACAGUCAAUGUUCUGUUACUAAAAAAAACAUUGUUUUUGAGGUUGUGAGUGUGUUAGUGACAUAAAAUUUUAUGUACUUCUUGACAUAAAUAUUCCUAAUACCUUGGCUUUAGAUAACAACCUUUAUAUUUGUCUUUGUUUAAGUCAGAAAAAAGCCAUGGGCUUAUUUGUUUAUUUGUUAAAUAGUAUAGUUCAUAAAUAUUCUUACCUGAUGUGCAAGUUGAACUUGAAGAGAAUCAAGCCAUUAGUCUAAAAAAAUUAGGUAAUUGGAAAUUUUUAGGCAGAGUAGGAUUUUUUCCAGAUCUUUUUAAGGUUUAUACAUAAAAUUAUAUGUACCUCCUGACAUAAAUAUUCCUAAUAUUUUGGCUUUACAUAACUACCUUUAUAUUUGUCUUUAAGUCGAAAAAAGACCAUGGGCUUAUUUGUUUAUUUGUUAAAUAAUAGUAUAGUUCAUAAAUAUUCUAACCUGACAUGCAAGUUGAACUUAAAGAGAAUCAAGCCAUUAAUCUAAGAAAAUUAAUUGGAAAUUUUAAGACAGGGUAGAAUUUUUUUAAGAUCUUUCAAAUUCAUUGCGUGUUUAAUUUAAGGGUGAUACUAUUAGGUUUGCACAGGAAAACGAAAAAUUUUCUGUAACUGCCAAAAAAAAAAAAAAAGUUUGAAUCCCAAAAGGUUUAGGUCAAGUUGGAAUGUUUAAGGUUUAUAUGUGAGUGAAGGUUUGAUUUAGCAAAGACUUUGGUCAUGGAAUAAUAUAAAAAAAAACUUGUAUGAGGAGAGACUCAAGCUGUUGUGUAUGGCACACAACAUUUUGUACAUUGCUUCAAGUAUUAUGAAAUUGCAUCAAAAUGUAUUUUCCUUUAUUAAUAUUCAUAUCAUCUUAAUAUUUGUUUAGGUCAGCAGAAAGCAAUAGUUUUGAUGUAAUACUCAAGCACUUUAGUAUACAGUACUGUAAUACUUAUGUUUCAUUACAAAAGUAAUGAGAGGGGCAAGUAAAGAUUUAGAAGUAUAUUAGAUUGGAUUUAUUUUCUAAAGCUGGGAAGCUGUUUUGAAGUGGAGUAGUAUGAUGUCAAAGAAUGUUCUAUGCAUGAAUGAUUGCAGUCAAACAAAGCCUAAUCUUUGGACAAAGAAUUAGGGCUUGGUUCUCCAGUUGUCAGAAAGAUUUCGGUUUCUUUUUACACAUGAAUUCCAGUUGCCUUAGAGUAAUGCAUUUUAAUAAAUGAAUAAAAAUCCUAAACAGUAAUGUAUGACAUUUUGUUACUUUUAUUUAGUCACCAUUAGAGAUAAGAAUUAAUCAUAUAUUGUACCAUACUAUAAUUAAUCCUCAAUGGAAAGUGAGGAAUCAUGAAACCAAAGGAGACUUCCAAAAUAUCCAACUUCACGUUAACCAGAGUACAUUAUUACAGUAUCAGGCGUGUAGUAUCUAUUUGUUUCAUAGUGAUCAGUGUUAGUCAUAUAUUGUAAAAUUGUUAUUUUUAUGAAUUACUUGGUCUUGAAUAUCUUAUGAAAGUUAGCAUACACGGAGAACCUGGUAUAAAAAGGAACUGUCAUGAAGUCCUUUGAAGAUGUUCAGUGCUGACUUUACGAAACUAAAAGGAUAGGCAACAUUUUCUCACUUCCCCACAAUGUGAAACUUUAUGCCAUGUUUCAGAUAGGAGUAUCAUUACGACUGGUCUAGUUAUAGAAUACAAGACCAAAUGUAAAACCUCUACCUGACACUCUCUGAAUGGAACAAUUUAAAUAAUUUUUGUCCAUAUCAUAAGACUUUUGGCAUUGCUAAUGAAUUCUUUGUACAGGAAUAUAAGAACAAUUUAAGGGACAGUUGUUCAUAGGAUAGUGACCCAAUUUAGUGAAUCUCAGAUGCAAUGUUGAUUAACGGGACUCUAAUUAUCAAUUAGGUGAAAGGGAAAGAGGAAUGAAGCAGAGGAUUAUGCACCCUGGGUAUUGAAUUUUUUUACAACUUCUUAAGAGUUUAAAUGUAAGAGGAGGGCUUGGAAUAGGGACAAUGUCUCUGGCUAGUAAACUUGAAACAAACGUAGAUCUUUAGUAUGGUUAGGCUAAAUGUUUAACUUCUGUGGCCAUGUUUCUUUAUUAGAAUGUGCCAAAUAUGCUCUUGACUGUAGUUAUAUUGGUGUAAAGAAUGAAAACUGCAUGUAAGAAAGGUCUCAUUGGUGUAAAAGAAAGAAGAAAGCACAGCCAAAAAAAUAAAAAAUUUCCUUUAAAUUCCAAGUCCAUUCCAUUAAUGAAAUAACUUCUUAAAAAGAUAUUUACUACUGAAUUUAUUACAUUUUCAUUAAAAAAAAUAAUGAAAUGGUAAAAGUUGAAACUAAUUUUUCUUCAUUCUGUAGUUAAAGAAUUGCAUGUCGAUUUUUACCAACUGGUAUUAAUUCAUGAACUAGAAGUUGAGAAAUAAUCUUUCACAGGACAUAUGGCAACCAAGGUGAUAACUUCAUUACUAAAAACAAAAAGGCAUUAACAAAGAAACAAGCAUAAUGUAGAAUGUAUAUCACAUGCAUUAUGUAAAUUUGUAAUCCAGUAUUUUCCAUGGCCAAAGUAGGUUACUUACUUUGUGAAACAAUGAAUAACCUAUACUUGCAAAGUCAAUAUUUAAUAUCCAUGAAAAUCAACUUCAUUAUCUCCUCAAAUACUGUAAUUAUUACUCCCUCUCUUAAACCUGUUCAACAUUGCACCAGUACUACAAGACAUAAUUGUCAAGAUGAUAAAAGACAUGACAUUAUUAGCAUAUUAUUGUAUUAAUACAACUAUAUUGAACAUGUGUAACAAGAUGUAGGACAGAAACUGAGAAAUGAAGAUGUUACUUUCAGUUUUUUCCAUAAAACGUUUACCAAGUUAUUGUGACUGCAUGUUAUUGGGAAGGUUGAACACAUUUUAUUUUCUAACUCCAAUCCUCAUAUCUGAAUGAAGGUUUCAUCGCCAAGUUCGACAGCUGUUCACCCUGCAGUCAUGUGUUUGUAUGUCACCAGGGUUACUUGUUACCUGGUCUGGGUCCUAUACCAAUUGUUACAACCUGUAACUACUAUACAUAUCCAUUUCCAUGUAUCAAAAGUAGGAUAGUUUCCGGCAAUAAAUCAAUGUACUGUGGA